GGCUGGCUGGCUGGCUGGCUAGUUAGUUUAGUAUCAGUAUCUCACUGUGUGGUGUUUGCGGUCGGACUGUGGUUGUGUUUCAGGUCCUGUCGUUAACAACACACUUCGGACAUUUCGUCGCGGAGAGAUGGGAAUUCUCAAGAAAUGGCUCUAAGACUACCUGCCCUAACGCUCCUGGCCCUGUGUGGGUUGGUGGCCGUCGGUAAUGCUAUACGUUGUAACUGCACAACCUGUGAGAAGACAGGCUAUGAAUGUGAGACAGAUGGCGCCUGCAUGGCCUCCACCUACUACAAUCAAGGGAAGGAGCAACACGUACGCAUAUGUAUCAACCGCGACAACCUAGUCCCCCCUGGACAGCCCUUCUACUGUCUGAGUGCUGAAGGCCUGCUCAACACACAUUGCUGCUAUGAGGACUACUGCAACAGUAUUGACCUGAAAGUCCCCGUCCCAACAAAAGUGGGGCAGGGCUCAGGAAGCUCCUGGGGGCCAGUGGAGCUUGCUGCGGCCAUUGCAGGGCCGGUGUUCCUGCUCUGUAUGCUAUUGAUGGUCGGCGUGUUCCUAUUCCAGUAUCACCAGAGGGCCUACAGCCACAGGCAGAGGCUGGAGGUAGAGGACCCCUCAUGUGAUCAUCUGUACUUAGCCAAGGACAAGACGCUGCAAGACCUCAUCUACGAUAUGUCCACCUCCGGUUCAGGAUCUGGUUUGCCCCUGUUUGUGCAACGGACAGUGGCCAGGACCAUUGUGCUGCAGGAGAUAAUAGGAAAGGGUCGUUUUGGUGAGGUGUGGCGGGGGAAGUGGAGAGGAGGAGACGUGGCAGUGAAGAUCUUCUCAUCCAGAGAGGAGCGCUCCUGGUUCAGAGAGGCUGAGAUCUACCAGACAAUCAUGCUGCGGCAUGAAAACAUUCUUGGAUUCAUUGCAGCAGACAAUAAGGACAAUGGCACAUGGACUCAGCUGUGGCUGGUGUCAGACUAUCAUGAGCACGGCUCCCUUUUUGACUACCUGAAUCGCUACUCUGUCACCAUUGAGGGCAUGAUAAAACUGGCACUGUCAGCUGCCAGUGGUCUGGCACAUCUACACAUGGAGAUCCUUGGCACUCAGGGUAAGCCUGGCAUUGCUCAUCGUGACCUCAAGUCUAAAAAUAUCCUGGUUAAGAAGAAUGGCAUGUGCGCCAUAGCUGACCUCGGCCUGGCAGUCCGCCAUGAGUCCAUCACAGACACAAUUGAUAUAGCACCAAACCAGCGUGUGGGUACAAAGAGGUAUAUGGCUCCAGAAGUUCUGGAUGAAACCAUCAACAUGAAACACUUUGACUCCUUCAAAUGUGCUGACAUUUACGCGCUGGGCCUUGUGUACUGGGAGAUUGCACGUCGCUGCAGUGCAGGAGGUAUCCACGAGGAGUACCAGCUGCCCUACUAUGACCUUGUUCCCUCUGACCCGUCUAUAGAAGAGAUGAGGAAGGUGGUGUGUGACCAGAAACUGAGGCCUAGUGUGCCUAACUGGUGGCAGAGCUACGAGUCGCUGCGUGUGAUGGGGAAGAUCAUGAGGGAGUGUUGGUACAGCAAUGGUGCAGCUAGACUGACGGCCCUGCGCAUCAAGAAGACACUGUCUCAGCUCAGCGUGGAGGAGGACGUCAAGAUGUGAGCAACCAGGCGGCAAAAAAGACGCACUGGAGAUGCAUAGCCAGACCACACUCCUAUAGGAAACAAACACUAAAGACAGUCUGCAAAAGAAAACGCUGCCAGUUUUAAAGCCACACUCCAAGAUGUGACAAGGCCUACCUCACCUUUUUAGCCAAAACUACUGAAAAUCACUCCUACCCCCUGACUUUUCUCUCCCCCACCUUUCAUGGGCCACAACACUACAGCACUACCACUGUUAAUAUAAUCGAACUCAACCUUUUCUUCCCAUGUCAGAAAUAUUUGUGCAGUGGCAGGAAUUUUUUUUUUUUUUUUUACCUCUCUGGAAUUGUCCCAUGACAGAUUAACCUUGUUCAGAAGAGUAGAGCAUGUUGUGGGUUUAAAAUGUAAUAACAUUUGGCUUAUUUUGUCAGUCAUGCAACAUCACAGUCUUUUGCUGUGUGUGUGUGUGUGUGUGUGUGUGUGUGAGGGGGAAAGAGACUGAAGGAACAGUAGUUCCUAGUUGUGUAUGGGUGUGUGUGUGUAUAAAAGGUGUCUGGACUACUAGCAUGUUUCUAAGAUGUUAGGGUGUCCUUUGGCUCUAGUUCAUUAGACAAAUUCAGUUAUUGAGCAUGAACAGUUAGUGUGCUUUUUAAUCCCUCACUUGAAAAUAUCGUACAAACAGAAAUUAGUUGCACUCAACUGGAGCUUCCUCGUCACACGUGAGACCCGCAGAUAUCACAGAAUGGAUGUGGUCCAGUCCUGGUGUUAGUUUGAAAUGUGGCAGGGAUCAUGUUUGGGAUGGUUUUAAUUUUAUUUAUUCGAUAGUUUUUAUGUCAUAUUGAUGAACACUGUGAGAUGAGGUGUGAGAAGCCAGAGUCUUGAUAUGUAAAUUAAUGUUGUCUUCAUCUUUCACAUGUUAGGUUAAGGGGUUGCAUUCAUUUCAUAAGACAUUCGGUUCAAAUGUGGCAAUUUUAACAGGCAAUGAUGUCAUGCACACCUGAGCAAAUAAGAGGUGUAUGAAAUGGCAGUGAAAUACUUAAAAAAAAAAAAAAAAGUUAAAAA